GCGACAUGUUCCGCCUGCUGAGCACCCGCCCGGGCCGGGGCCUCCUGCGGGCGGUCGGACGGCGGUGGCGGGGCUGCUCCGCGGCGCGCCCGUUCCCGGAGGCGGCGGCGCUGCCGGUCCGAGGGCGAGUGGCGCGUGCGCGCGGCCGGGACCCGGGCCUGCUGCCGCUGCUGGCAGCGCUCGCCUGGUUCUCGAGGCCCGCCGCGACGGGAGAGGAGCGCCCGGCAGAGGGCGAGGACGCGGAGGACGCGGCGGACGCGGCGGAGGCGGAGAUCAUUCUGCUGCUGAAGCGAGCCAAGUUGAGCAUCAUGAAAGAUGAGCCAGAAGAGGCAGAGCAAUUUUUGCAUGAUGCUCUUCGUCUUGCCUAUCAGAGUGAUAACAAGAAGGCCAUCACGUACACUUACGAUUUGAUGGCCAAUUUAGCAUUUAUACGGGGUCAGCUUGAAAAUGCAGAAAAACUUUUCAAAGCAACAAUGAGUUAUUUGCUUGGAGGAGGUAUGCAACAGGAAGACAAUGCAAUAAUUGAAAUCUCUCUAAAGCUGGCCAGUAUAUAUGCUGCUCAGAACAGACAGGAGUUUGCCCUUGCUGGCUAUGAAUUCUGCGUUUUAACUCUAGAGAAAAAAAUUGAAAGAGAGAAGGAAGUGACAGAAGAUAUUUUGUCAGUGGAAGAGAAAAACAAUACCCACCUUCUCCUUGGCAUGUGCUUAGACGCCUAUGCUCGAUACCUUCUGUUCUCCAAGCAGCCUUCACAAGCACAGAAGAUGUAUGAAAAAGCCUUGAAGAUUUCUGAAGAAAUAUUGGGAGAAAGACACCCACAGACCAUUGUGCUGUUGAGUGACCUGGCUACCACUCUGGAUGCACAGGGCCGCUUUGAUGAAGCCUGUGCUUAUGUGCAAAAGGCAUCUGAUAUGGCGAGGCAAAUAGAACAUCCUGAGCUACACAUGGUGCUCAGUAAUCUAGCUGCAAUUCUGAUGCACAGAGAACGAUAUGCACAAGCUAAAGAGAUCUACCGGGAAGCACUGAGGCAAGCAGAGCUGAAACAAGAUGAGGCUUCUAUCCAGCACAUCAGAGAAGAGUUGGAUGAGCUGUCAAGAAAAAGUACUUCGACCUAAUUUAGUCAAAUUGUAAAUAUCUAUUUAUUGUAGUGAAUUUCCAGUAAUUGCUAUUAUUCUAGUC